UUCCUCCAUGCAAAGUCCCGGAUCAAGCUCCCCUUCAUAAAUGCAUGGCAAUCUGAUGCGGAACUAGUUGUUCAAACUAGACAAGUGCUCGCCGAGGAUCUGUGCAGCUGCAAAUAGCCAGGACAUCAUAUAAAAUGGCUGGUGGGAAGGCAGGAAAAGACUCCGGGAAGACGAAGACAAAGGCCAUUUCGCGCUCACAGAGGGCGGGUUUGCAGUUCCCCGUGGGUCGUAUUCACAGACAUCUGAAAUCCAGAACAACGAGCCAUGGUCGAGUUGGCGCGACUGCAGCUGUUUACAGCGCGGCUAUUCUUGAAUACCUAACUGCUGAGGUUCUGGAGCUGGCAGGAAACGCAUCAAAGGAUCUGAAGGUCAAGCGUAUCACUCCACGUCACUUGCAACUGGCCAUUAGAGGCGAUGAGGAGUUGGAUUCUCUCAUCAAAGCAACCAUUGCUGGUGGUGGUGUCAUCCCUCAUAUCCAUAAGUCACUGAUUGGAAAGAAGGGACAGCAGAAGACUGUAUAACCCAGCAAACAGUGGCAUGGGGUCAUCUCAGGACAUUCUGCUUCAAUGUUUUGCUUGGUAGAACUUUAGGACUUUUUAAAUGUAUUAACUUGCAUCUACUCAUCUGAGAAAGUGGCUUCAGAGAAGCUGGUUUUGAUUUUUGGCUUUGUUGAUGUGUGCUGUUUUUAUUGUGUACAUUUUGGCAUACCAGUGGCAUUUCCAUGUUUGAAGUUGUAUUUGAAUAAAGCGCCACGGUAUUGUG